AUAUUCCACAGACAUGUACACAAGUCACAAAUAUCUAUAUUAACGGUUCAGUUGUGCUAUCAAAACCGUUUCUGAAAAUAUAACCAAUCUUGCUUAUUACUGCUUUACUACUCAUGUAAAUGAAUUGACAUUCUAAAAAAGAAUGAGAAUGUUUUUAGUGCUAUUGUUGUUUUUUCAUUUAAUAUCUUCUGGAUUCUGUGUUACGUGUAGUGGCCAAGAAUAUGGUGUGAAGUCCAUUGCUCUUGCCGUACCUUAUAAUAAGUGCAAUGGCUAUUAUUGUAGACAGAUAACACAUGAAGAUGUUGGCGUCAAUUUAACCAUAACGUGCUCUACAGUUUAUUCCAUAAGUCAGAUCUCUUUUCCUAUUAAAGAAUAUUACGAAACGGUGUCACUAAUAACCACAAAUUCGAAUAUUUCAAUUAUACAUUUAAUGGAAUUUCAUAAUUUGUCAUCGUUAACUGAAAUCUACUUAAGAAGAAGUCACAUCGAAAAUAUUUCACCAGGAGCAUUUAUAGGAUUGUCAAAUUUAACAAAACUCUAUCUGGAUGGCAACAACUUGACAGAAAUUUCAAAUGGAAUUUAUAAUAUUUUACAUCACUUAGAAAUUUUCAGUCUCACUAACAAUAACAUCGAUCACAUCGAAAACGCAGCCAUAGUAGGUCUUAAGAAUUUAAAAGAAUUACAUCUAAAAAAUAACAAACUUACCAAAAUUGAUAACAAUUUUUUUGAAACGUUAAAUCACUUGACGUACGUAGACAUUUCAGAAAAUCCGCUGGACCAAUUUCCACUCAGUGAGGUGUCAAACGUUGAAGAUUUACUUUUAGCAAGAACUAAUUUAACCGACAUCAGUGAAGAUAUGUCUAAUUUGACUCUAAAACUACUGGAUUUGUCAUUUUGUCAAAUCUCCGAAGUUGAUUUUGCUUUCUUGCCUCAAGCUGAAGAAAUUAAUUUAUCCGGUAAUGAAAUAUUUUCAUUAAAAAACUUUCCUUCGCUUGACACUCUAACCCUUAAUCUAAACAACAACUGCCUCGAAGAGGUAAAUGGAAGUUUUCCACAAAUUUCAAAGCUCUAUUUGAGUCACAAUAAAUUCCAGGUUUUAAACAAAACAACAUUUGGGACGCCAGGAUUAAUUUUGGUUUUCGAAGUAGGCUACAACUCUUUGCCAAACUUUGACAACGACUUUUUUCACGAUUUUACAUCGCUGGAAAUUUUGAAGCUUCAGUAUAACAAAAUUACCGAAGUGAGUCCUUUGUUGUUCAGGUAUUUAACCAACUUGAUUGUACUAGAUUUAUCUGGAAACCAAAUCCGCUCAUUGCAAUAUGGCGUUUUUGAUAACUUAGAAAGUUUAGAAAGUUUGAAUAUUUCAGGAAAUAAAUUAGUAGAACUACAUCAGAAUACGUUUCACUCAUUAUCAAAAUUAACUAAUUUGCACUUUGACAGUAAUCAGAUAUCCUCUUUAAAUCCAUACGAUUUUCGUAGUCAUUUUCCGAAUCUUACAGAAGUAUCACUCGAUAAAAACCCUUGGAUUUGCAGUCACCUUGUCAAGAUCGAUAUGGUGUUCAAAUCGUUAAAAAUACGAAUUCUUGGCGGUAAUUCCUACGAAGUUGAAAAUUUUCGUGGAAUUCCUUGUUCCAGCUCUAAAAAUUAUAACACGUCUCUGAAUGGCACGGAUGCGAUUUCUUUUGCAGACGUAGAAAAAAAUAUGCAGAAAGCAAUUAACAAAGGCAUUGAGAAUUCUAAAAUAGACCUAUUUUUUAACGAAAAUUUUGAAAAUUCAAAUUUUAUUCAAUUUUUUAAGAAAAACUACGUUAGAAGUGGCUUUUUUAAAUAUUUUAACGGCGUCAAAAUAGCUUCUCCGAAAGAAGAUGCCAAUGGUACCAAAGCGGAAGAAUUUACGGCUUUAGAAGAAACAUCAGACCAGUCUUACAAAGGAAUCUUUGUAAUCAGUGUAGUUACGCAAAUUGUAAUGUUGUCAUUGUUGGUAAUUAUAGUUUACUUAAUGUUUACUUUUGUCAAAAAGUAUAGAUAUUUUGAAGCACAGCAAACUGUCUCAGAAAUGGAACUGUGUUAAGCUUACACCAUAUUUAUAUAUUUUAUUCUGCUAAAUUACAAUGUAUACUUAAUAUUAAAUAUAUCAUUAUUUCG